UAGUUUUUUGAUAUCAUGAAGGCUAUCGUAAAAUUGUCUUCAUUGCUGUUGAACUCCAACAAACGAUAUAAACCGGUGGGGUUAAUAAAUUCAUUUAUUUCAAAAAGUAACUAUUCAGUUAAUACCAUGUCUUAUCAAAUUGUUGAACGGGGAGCGCCAAAUAGUACGGAUUAUAAAAUCUACUUCAAAAAAGGCAACAGUGUGAUUUCUCCAUUCCAUGACAUUCCACUUUAUCAUGACCAGACCAAAAAUAUUUUCAACAUGGUGGUUGAAAUCCCACGAUGGACUAAUGCUAAAAUGGAGAUUGCCACCAAGGACAACAUGAAUCCUAUCAAGCAGGACAUGAAGAAGGGAGCUCUGCGAUUCGUAGCCAACUGUUUCCCCCACCAUGGCUACAUUUGGAACUACGGUGCUCUUCCUCAGACUUGGGAAAAUCCCAAUGUUAUGGAUGAGCAUACCAAGUGCAAAGGUGACAAUGAUCCUAUAGAUGUUCUUGAGAUUGGAUAUAGGGUAGCAAAAAGAGGUGAAGUGCUUCAAGUUAAGGUUCUUGGAACAAUUGCACUAAUUGAUGAAGGUGAAACAGACUGGAAAAUUUUUGCGAUUGAUACAAAAGAUCCAAUUGCAGACAAAGUGAAUGAUAUAAAUGAUGUGGAAAAGUACUUUCCUGGAUUGAUGAAGGCUACUCUUGAGUGGUUCAGAAUCUACAAGAUUCCUGAUGGCAAACCCGAGAACCAGUUUGCGUUCAAUGGAGAGGCCAAAAACAAGGAAUAUGCACUUAAAGUGAUCCAGGAAGUGAGCAAUCACUGGCAUGAUCUAGUUCAGAAGAAAACAGAUGCCGGUGGCUUGUCAUGUGCUAACGUAUCAGUGCCAGAUAGCCCCUUCACUGUAGAUCAAGCAACUGCUGAUGCUGUUUUGAGCAAGGAACCUCCACUGAAACCAGCUGAACCCAUUGAUGCUUCAGUAGACAAAUGGCAUUUUAUCACACUGAAGUAGUUGCUGAGGAUGAAGAUCUCCAGUAUGGUCACUGCAUGAAAUGUGGUGAAUACUUUUGUAUAAUAAACAUUAAAUUUGAUAUUUAUUA